AUGGCUACAGAAGCCCCUGCUACGAAUGGCACCACAAACGGCGACUACCAAGCCUUGUGGGCGAACAAAUACCGUGGUGCGACCGUGGAAGAUCUCGACCCACCUCCCGCUCUCUCCGUCAAGCCUACUGAUCCGAUCUCAUGGGCUCUCAUGAGCGGGCUCGAGCGCGACUACACCCAUCUCACCGUCACAUCGCAGGAAACCCGCGCACUGUUGGGUUACAUCAGCAUCCCGCGCCUGCAGGAGCUGCUAAAGGAAGGCAAGGUCAAAGACAGCGAUCCGGUCCAAGAGGCCAUGCACAAGUUCCAGCGACGUGGUAGGAGGUACAAGGUCAUCACCACGGAGACACCGCUGGAGGAGCUGGACGAGUUCUUCAAUGGCGGGGUUGACGGAAUCGGCAAACAGGACUUCGCGGUGGUGACGGAUGCCAGCCGGAAGUUCGUGCUGGGUGUUGCCACGAAGGAGGAUUUGGAAACUUUCAUGAAGAGGAGAGCUUGA